AUGGAGAAUUUAGAAAAUAUAAAAGGCUUUGUCCGGUCUCUUGAACAUUCAGUGGAGGAUUUAAGUGAAGCACUCGAGCCUGUUUUGAAUACUUCUAUCGAAGACAUGAUUGCAGAGUGUACCACCCCUCAGCAAAAAGUCAAGGUCUACAACAGUUAUUUGUAUUGUGUUAUUUCCAUACUAUUCGCAUACAUUAAGUCUCUUGGAGUCAACACCGAUGAUCACCCGGUGAUGAACGAACUCACCAGAAUUAAGCAGUCUAUGAAGGCUCUAAAAGAUGCUGAGGAGUCUCUUCAGAAGAAAUCUGAAAACGCAAAAGAAUCCAAAGACCAAGCAAAAGAAUUUCUCCAGCGAGCUUUGGGUACUACUGGCGGUGCUGCCGCCCCAGACAGCAUGAAGAGCCCGGCUAUCAGCAAAGUUAACUUCCAAGGGACGCACACCAAGUUCACAGACGACGAACAUAAAACAUCAUCCACGGCAACAUCGUACAAAGGACCUUCUGGCAAGGUGGCAAAACCCCGUAAAGGCGGCAGCAAGUCAUCUAAGUAA